GCAUCAGCUCCUCACGGAAUGGGUAAAGGAAACUGGUGAGUUACGGUUCAUCAAUGCAAAGUACAUCGUCAGUGCUCUCCCGGAGCUUGAGGAGAAGCCGUUCAAGACCAAGCGCGAGGUGACUGUGGACGGUUGGGACAAGGAAGAGGAGGAAGAGGAACGGAAGCUUCCGACUACGCGGAGACACCUCGAUCGAAUGCAUCGCGUGUUUCGCAACAAUCUGUCCAUGUGCCUGCUUGCAUUUCCGCAGUUCACUCAGUUUGACGUGUCCAAGCAUGACCUUGAUGACUGGUACGACUGGUUUUGGGGACCCGAUAUCGCGGGCCGAACCCCUGCUCCUUCGGAGAAAACCCUUCUCUAUGCAGAACGCAACGCAUGGCGGUCCAUCCACAACCUUGUCUUUGAAGGCAAGUCGCUGAAAGAAGCCAUGUUAGAGAUUCGUGCUGACGUCCUUUUCUGGACACGUGAGGUCUACGAAAGGGUCCCUAGACCUGGUGAGAAGGGUAAUAAGGGGUCACCCAAACGUGAUAAAGGCCAACCCUUCGCGAGGCUCCCGGGCAAGGGCACCUGGAAGGGCAAGCAGCCUUGGUCUGCCUACCAGCCUGUCUUCCAACCUUUCCUGAAGCAGAAUGGAAAAGGGAAGGACAUCUCUGGCAAGAAGGGAGACCCGAAAGGUAAAGGGAAGGAUGCCUGGCCCCUGAACUGGUCCAGGAACAAUCCCAAGGGCACACCCCUCUGCCGCGAUUACCACAUCAAAAAGCAGUGUGCAGGCAACUGUGGGCGCUCCCACAACUGCCCUGUGACUAAGGUGCCGUGGGCCCUGAACGGGAAGGUAGCGGAUCCAAGGCCCUCCUCGCUUGGGCUUUGGAUUGAGAACCACUAUCCGGGCUGUUUGCUUGCAGGCAACUCUAAGCUGGCUCCCCCGAACCGUCUUGUGGACAGACUCAAGUGGUCUUCCGACUGCUCUGCUACCCAGAUCCCCAAGGAUUCCAUUGUGCUGCCGUUUGCGGGCAGAGACGAUGCCUCUUCCUUGGAAGCAAUCCUUCACUCUCAGGCCCCAGACCUCUCCUCAAGAGUUCUGGCAUUUGACUCCUCACGAAAACCGAAUGGCAAAGACCUCUUGGACGAUGCUCUCUACGGGGCACUCUGCAUUGCAGCGUUGCAGGGGGGCAUCUCCUUUGUGGGUGCCUGCCCGGAUUUGCACACUUGGGGUAAAGAUAGGUGGUUUCAGGACUCAGGUGAUUUCCAUGCCGAGCGAUCACGCAACGCUCGGGAUGCCUGGGGCAUACAAGCCCUGCCUGUCGAAGCCUUAAAGAUUGCCGAUGAGGAGAGACCCGGCACGAGGUGCGACCUCUCCUGCGAGGAAACGCUGCUCCUCAGCUUGGGCUACUCCGGCCCUUCAGGUUUCUUUGAGCGACGCCCCACGAGGGCAGUGACGAACCUCCCCCUCAAAGAUUGGGAUGGCAAAUUCUGCACGCACUCGGAUCACCAGAAGCCGGAGAGUUCAGUUCCCAUGGGCACUCGACGCCCUGAGUCGAUGCUUAAGGAAAUUGCGGCCUCGCUGGUGCGCAUGCUUUCCGGUUCCUCCAUCGGAAGACCGGUUCAGGCCUUUCUUAAUCCUCUGGAAUCCGGCCUUGAUCCUUUGCUGGGACAGGAGCGUCCUGGCUGGACGGCUCAAGGGGCAGCACCCGUUGGGGCGGCUGUGCUACCCUCCCUGCCCUCGCUGGGAGGGCAGCGUCCACAAGCUGGGUUUCCUGGUGCAGGAGCCCAAGCGUCCGGCCUCGAAAACUUCAUUAAGCGUAAGGCUUUGCCCCUAGUCCCUGAGUUUUUGGCCUCUACAGCUUCGGGCUCCAAACAGCACCCUUUCCCGGAAUCGGUGCUGAAGGAGAUCCGCGAUUUCAUUCUCCCACAACACCCCCAGCAUGAUGCUGGGCAACCGUUUUUCCUCGAUGUGAUCCGCAAACUGCUCGAGGAUAUUAAAGAUGUUGACUCUGGCUACCCAGUUACCCUCAAAGAGGGCGUGCCCCUGGGGGUGGACACACCCACGCUCCAGUCUCCAGGCGUCUGGCCCCUCAAGUCUGAGCUCAUUGGGGAAGAGGGGGACCCAAUUGAGGUAUGGUCAUCGGACCCUGCACUCGUGCUGAAGCUGCGGCUCAUGCAUUGCCACUGCACUGAGGAAGAGCUUUGCCCAUGCCCGAUGGCUGGCAUUGAUGGCUCGAAGGGAGGGGAGAAAACCACUGUGCCUGAGCCCCUGGAACCGUUGGACCCAGGUGCUCGGCCGUCGACUCUGCACCACCGCCAGGAAUGGGUUCUUUUCAAAGCCGAUGUCACCAAGGCACACAGGCACCUAUGGACCUAUGGUAUGGCCAGUGCGCAACUCUACUGGGGCCGCAUGGCUGCCAUCUUGCUGAGGAUUGCUUAUGCUGUUUUUCCGGAGGUUGACUGGGGCUUCGUGUUCGUGGACGAUUUUGCCUGGUUGCUCCGUGAGUCCAGCUCCUCCCUCCUUGCCAUGUCGCUCUGCCUCCUGCUGCUUGCUUUGGGUACCCCCCUUAGCUGGAAGAAAACCCUACUUGCUGAGGUCAACACCUGGUUGGGUUUCGUCAUCGAUCCCAAGGGUCCCUGCGUGCAGAUGGCCCGUGACAAGCAUCUGCUUGUAAUGGGCAUCCUGGAAGAGCUUAAGAGUGGUAAAGUCAUGUCAGCAUCUCAGAUUGCCAGUGCCUUGGGUAGAUUGCAGUGGGCGACAACGGCGCCCUUCUGGGCCUGGAAGAAGGCCUGCUUGACAGCAGGACGACCGGGAAAGCUGAUUCGUGCACUCUCUGCCCUUUUACUCUCUCUUUUCGACCUGAAGUUCCGGCGAGCUUCGCCGUAC